AUAUAAAAGCGCGGCGCCUGCUGCCCACUCGGCACACAACUCGCUCGAAGGAAGACUGACACUUCGCAGCAGGAAAUUAGGAAAGGAAGCAAAAACCAUGUUCGCACUGACCGUGGAGAAAUUGUCCCACUACGAGUACGAGGAGCCCAAAAAAGGAAAGAACAAGUCCGAGCGAAAAGACCUGGUGAGCCGCACGAUCGACGAGCAGGCGUUGUGCGUGAACAGCGACGCGCCCAAGGCCUACCGCUCGCCCGUGAUGGCCCGCAGGAAGCUCCGCAUGCUGCAGUUGAGCAGCAGUCCUCGUUCCGCGUCUCCGCUUCGCGCCAGUUUUUCCGGAAAAUCUCCCAACGUGAGUGGCAGCGGUGUCAAGACGGAGCUGAACAGCGCCAAAAAGAGCUACGCCUUCGUCAAGAGCACGCCUGACUGAAAAUAGAAAAAAAAUAAUAAUAAAAGAGAGAGCUGCACGCACCCAGAGUUCCCCUCAACUUUCGAAACGCUGCGAAAUGUGAGAAGCGUCUUUUUCCCGAAUUAAUGCAAAAAGGGAAUUUAUAAAAAUUUGUUCCUUUUCAUUAGGAAAUUGCUGAUUUUGAAUAAAUAAAAUUUUAAUGUUUCGCCAGUGAAACGAUUUUACGAUUCUAGAUAAAAA